AUGUUGAAUGAAGCAGGAAUCAUACAUUUCAACGCCAGAGAAGAUGUGCCCAGCAAUGAGCCAGAGGGGACACAUAUUUUGGACAUGUUGGUCUAUGUCAACUCAUGGAGCCUUAGAAACUGUAUAUGGUCUCUUUACGAUUGGAUGAAACGAAUUGAAGGAAUUUUUGAAAUACUGAGGGUACGUUUCCCACCCUUCAAAGUGGCGGUAUGGACCAUCUUGGAGAUGGAUUCCUGUGAGGAAAGGGAGGAGAUGGAGAAGAUGCUUGCGAAACACUCCAUCCAGAUAAAGACUAAGGGAAAAGAUCCCGACUUGAUAUGGUCCGAGUUCGUAGACUAUGCCCGUUCCGUGAAUCAAGACCACUAUGACUACAUUAUGCAAAAUCGCUGA